AUGUUCUGUUGGUGCAGUUUCGUAUAUGUUCUUUUCUUUCUGGGUUCGUUCUUGUCGAUAGGACUUUUAACGGUGUGUGUCCUGUUGCGUCAACUCAUAAAAUUUCAACGCCGGAAGCGAACGGACCAAAACGUGAAGCAUGUAGCGUUCUUUCAUCCCUACUGCAACGCUGGCGGUGGCGGUGAACGAGUACUUUGGUGCGCCAUUCGAGCAUUGCUGAAUCGUUACGAAAAUGUGAAACUAUUCGUGUACACCGGUGACGUGGAUGCAAAGCCGGCGGAAAUCUUAGCUAAAGCGGAGCGAAGCUUUAACCUCACUUUAGAAGUGGAACGUAUAACGUUCGUAUACCUAAGCAAGCGAUGCUGGGUGGAGGCUUCGAGAUACCCGCACUUCACACUACUGGGGCAAAGUUUUGGCUCAAUCGUGCUGGCGUUCGAAGCGUUGCUGAAACUACAGCCGGAUGUGUUUAUCGACACGAUGGGGUACGCUUUCACGUAUCCGGUGUUCGCAUAUUUCGGUGGAUGUAAAAUUGGCUGCUACACUCACUAUCCGACCAUCAGUACCGACAUGUUGCGACGUGUUCAGUCACAAACGCAUUCUUACAAUAAUAGAGGUUAUGUGGCAAAGAAUCCGUUCGCCACUUGGCUGAAAAUCGUGUAUUAUCGUUUAUUCUCGCGCAUUUACGGCUGGGUUGGACGUUGUGCCGAUACCGUAAUGGUAAAUUCGUCCUGGACCGAAAAUCACAUCAUAUCUCUGUGGGACGUACCGUACAAGACGCAUCGGGUGUAUCCACCGUGCGAGGUGUCGCAGCUAAAGCGAUUGGAAUCGCUCACUGACGAGCAGGACGAUCAUAUCAUCAUUUUAUCCGUCGGACAGUACCGGCCAGAAAAGGAUCAUCCUCUACAGCUGCAGGCCAUGUACGAGCUGCGAACGCUUUUGAAUAACGACGAGGCGCUGUGGAAUCGGUUAAAGCUGUUGAUAGUUGGCUCGUGCCGCGAUGAAGAAGACCGAGUGCGUGUAAAAAACAUGCAAGACCUAGCGAAGCAUCUGUCACUGGAGAACUCAGUUGAGUUUAGGGUUAAUGUACCGUACCAGGAGCUGCUGCAGUGUUACCAACGUGCGACGGUCGGUUUGCACUGCAUGUGGAACGAACAUUUCGGCAUCAGUGUGGUCGACUGCAUGGCGGCAGGUUUGAUAAUGGUAGCGAACCGUUCCGGCGGUCCACUGAUGGAUAUUAUCGAAACGUCCGAGGGUAGCCAGAACGGUUACCUUGCGUACGAUGCUUACGAUUAUGCGCGCUGCAUUGCCAACAUACUGUACAACACAUCGGAGUAUAAUGCAAAAAUUAGAGAAGCAGCACGCGCUUCAGUGGAUCGAUUUUCUGAAAAAGAGUUCGAGAGUGGGUUCCUACGUGCGAUUUCACCUAUCAUGGACUAA